AUGCAUAAGCUCGGCAAGAAGACUCGCUCCAGGACCGGCUGUCGCACGUGUCGAAUCCGCAAGGUCAAGUGCGACGAGGAGAAAUUGGCCGUCCCCGGCCAGCCUGAACCGCAAUGCCGGCGUUGCACCGCCGCCCGCAUCCUGUGCGAGUGGAAGGGCGGCCCAAUCCCCCGGCCUUCUGCCAGGAGAAAUAGCCCCCCUACGACAACAACAACGACGACGACGACGACGCCGGCCCCUCAAUCCCCAAGGAUUCUCACCCUGUCGUCGCCUGGAGGCAAAAGUAGGACCGUGCAAGCGGCCAACUCGCUUGUGCUGACCGGCUUCGACCGCUCGUGCAUCGCCUACCUCCAAGACUCCGCGCUGGUCGUGCUUCUUGGCAAACACUGGCCGUGGUCCGCCAUGUCGUACGCCUACCACAAGAUCGCGGUCCGGGAGCCCAUGGUAAUGAGUAUGUUGUUAGCGAGUACGGCGAGCGAGAUCCGUCGCGCCCAGCUCUACGACAGUGAACAGCCACGGGACGCGGUCGAGACGGUGGCAGAUCUGGGGGGUCGCAUGCAUUACGGACGGGCGCUGGCCGGUCUGCGGGAGGCACUGCGGCCGGAGGUUGAGAAGUCGUCGGAGCAGCUGGAGGCCAUCUUCAUCACUUUGUGGCUGAUGAUCGACUACGAGAACCGCUUCGGGAGCGGCACCGCGGCCAUCAAUGUGCACAUCCGGGGAAUUGAGAGUUUGCUCUUCAACCAUGUCGUUCCGCUAUUGAAGCCUGCCUCAUCCGUAUCAGCGCUUGGCGCAGAGGGGGGAAGGGCAGGUGCCGGCGCCUUGCCCUGGGGGAAUCCGACGAACGCCGCUGUAGAUAGCACCGAGAGGACAACCAUGUUGCCGACGAGUAGUUUGCCUGGGCUCGCGACCAGCAAACUCCGUCACACAGCGGUACCACUCUUCCUACUGUGGACGUUGUACUUCUUCACUCCCGGGGCCCUCUUCUGCGGGCCUGCGGCCGCCCGACUCGACGCCGAUCUCUUCCGGUUCUUCAUCCAGGACGAAGCCGAACAAAGAGGCCUGAGUCUGGCGGAGCUCUACCGCAUCGGCCGCCAAUCGCCCCGCCGCUUCUGGGGCGACUCGUACCCGACGGCGGCGCAGCUGGACGACAUCGAGAACCAGCCCGCGUUGAUCCUCUACCACCGAAGUCAUGUCAUGCAGUUCAAGAUCACCGAACUCUGGCGCCAAGGCCAGCAGACUUCGGAGGUAUCGUAUCGUCGUCUCGUCGACGAACUCGCCUUGGUCCUGGAGCAAAACGACAGCAUCCUCACCACCGCCCUAACCGCCCCAACCUGCGACUUUGCCAGCCGACGCGUCCUGGAAACCAUCUUCUGGGCGACCAUCACCUUCUACGGCACGAUCGUGUACUUCCAUCUCUGCUUCAAAGACACCGUCCCGCCGACGUCGACCACCACCACCACCCAACAACAUACCGCACAGCUACCUCCGCUGGAAACCGCCGUCAACCAGGUAUUAUCUCUCUCGCUCAAACUCCACCGCAGUCGACCCCACCUGAUGGUGCGGAUCAUCUGGCCGCUGUUCAUCGCGGGGAUCGCGACCCCGGACCGCAUCUACCAGGAUUGGGUAUCGAUUCGGCUGCAGGAGCUGGGCCGGUACGGGCUGAACUACAGUCGCGUGAGUCGGCGUUUCGACGAGAUUGUGAUCCAGGGAUGUGACCCGUUC